AUGCAUUACAUACGCUUCCUCAAACCUCCGCGCUUACAGCGUGGUGGGAGUGCCUCUCAGCUGACAGCAAAAAUCACCCUAACCACUGAUCUAGGCGAGUCUUUUCUUUGGGCCGAUAUCAGGUUGGUAGUUGAGCUCGUUGGUGUGGAUGGGAAGACAAAUUUGCUUGCUGGGGGCAAAGAGUAUUUAUGGAAGGGAAGCGAGGGGAUGAGGAGCCUGGAGGUUUCAUUGCCUAUUCCGAUAUCCAAGGGACGAGGGAAAGCUGCUGGAAUACAUUCCGUACGGAUGUUAGUUCGUCCGGUUUCUGUAAUCCAAGCUGUAGACACUUCUGCAGCUGUCUUGGGUGCUGGAGAUGGCGGCCUCAUGGCCGUGAGGAGCAUGGCCGUUGACACAAAUCCACCACAAAAUGCCUCGACGGUCCCCAGUGCUAGCUUGGCGGAGCGAGUAAUUAACAUUGGAAAGUCGCAACUGCAUAUUUGGGAAGAAACGGGAGAGUCAAUAGCUCGACAUAUAUGGGAUGCUGGCCUGGUAUUAUCAUCGUAUCUUACAUCCAUCUCCAACCCGUCCUCAGAAUGUCCGUCUCUCUCAGAAAAGCUUCCUAAACUACCAGCUUUACAAAAUGCACUCACGCAAAACGACAUCCAUGUGCUCGAGCUAGGAGCAGGUUGUGGAGUAGUAGGGAUAACUGUCUCCCACGCAUUUCCCAACAUCUCCCAAAUCAUCCUCACCGACCUCCCGGAAGCCACCGAGAUCCUCUCUCACAAUCUCUCCCCAUCUAUACUUAAACCCCUACUGUCUCAAACUCAUGCCAAAAUCACACAGCAAGUACUCGAUUGGUCAUCGCCCCUCCCUCCAAAUAUCAAGGACACGAAAUGGCAACUCGUCGUAGUGGCUGACUGUACGUACAAUCCGGACGUAGUCCCGGAUCUAGUCAAUACGCUACGGCGUAUUGCGGAGGGAAAUAGGGACCUAUUAGUCUUGUUGGCAAUGAAGGUGAGGCAUGAGAGCGAGAUGGUGUUUUUUGACCUGAUGGAGAAGGGCGGUUUUGCUGUGCGGGAGAAGUGUAUCCUUCCACUGCCGGUUUCAGGCGCUGAGGUUGGGGAGGAGAUUGAGAUCUAUGUUUUUGAAACGGGUGCCGGGGAACAGAACGAGCAUGGAAACGUGCCCUGA